AUGUUUGCUUUUGUAUUCAGCAACCUUGCCCUACGAAGCUUACUGCUUGCUUACACAGUUCCUUGGACUACCUCGAAUAUCUCUGGCUACUACAGAUUAAGUCUGUAUCUGCUCACGAUUGCUGGGGUUGUCUUCCGCUCAGAGCUGGCCAUCUUGAUCGGUACCAUCACCAUUUACUUGUUUUUGACACGGAGAAUCUCUAUCACGGGCAUCAUUAUCCCUGCUGGACUUGGGGGCGCCGUCAUAGGACUUCUCUCCACCGUUUGCCUGGAUUCGUUCUUUUGGCAAUCGUUUCCACUUUGGCCUGAAUGGACGGGCUUCUACUACAACACCAUACAAGGACACUCGGCUGACUGGGGUGUCUCGCCAUGGCACUACUAUUUUGGAAACGCACUACCACGACUACUGUUGAACCCUGCGACUUAUCUGAUCUGUAUCCCAGUUGCGGUCCUAAACACAUCCUCUCGUGGACGUAGUCUAGAUCUACUUGUUCCGCUACUUAGCUUCGUGGCGAUAUACAGCUUCCUACCUCACAAAGAAUGGCGCUUCAUUCUCUACGUCAUACCCGGUUUGACGGCAGUGGCAGCGGCUGGAGCAGCAUGGAUCUGGACAAGACGAACAAAGUCUCUCAUCUACGCAGGUCUGAGCUUAAUGCUUGUAGGUUCGGUCAUGGUAUCGUUCGUUGCAUCGAGUGCCAUCUUAGGCAUUUCCAGUCUCAACUAUCCAGGAGGCGAAGCACUCCAAGCUUUGCACAGGGACGUGGAGCAUCCUGAAAGAUCGCACUUUAACGUCUAUUUUGAUAACCUCGCUUGUCAAACAGGCGUUACACGUUUCCUCGAGAGCCACACAGGACCCCAGACCGUGCUCGAUGUACUAGAAGAAGAAGAAGUUACCCUACAGAACAGAACGUGGACAUAUGACAAGACGGAAGAUCCGAGGACCCUUCUGGAUCCCAUGUUUUGGACUAAGUUUGACUACGUCCUCGCCGAGAAGCCAGAGAAGGUAAUUGGGAAGUGGGAGGUCGUGCACGUAGUGUAUGGCUUUGGUGGGGUCGUCAGGCUUUUGAAGCCCGGAGAGGAAAGCGGAAAGCUCGCUGAGCCCACGUAUCCAAACACCAGUAAAUCUACGGAGAAGGAUAAUUGGAAGACCAAAACUGCAGCGGUAUGGCGUUCAUUGGAAGGGGCGCUGAGGCAUAGCGCUUUUAAGGGUUAUUGGGUGGAGAUACGGAUGGACCCCAAGAUCUUGAUUUUGGAGAACCAGGCGAAGUAG